CUCUAUCUAUAUCAUAGUCCUUCCAACCUUUUACAACCCUCCAGUUUCCUUCUCGGUCUAUUUUAAGAGCCAUGGGUAUUACAACAUACGGGCUACCGCCCUUCAAGAAGGCCACAGAUACGGAAACCCCACUACUGCUUAUCAUUCUUGCAGACCUGGACAAUGGCGACAAAGCUUCCCUUGUCCAGCAUUUCCAGAACUCUAUCCAAGGGAGUGAGCUGAAGAUAUCGACCUGGCAUCCAUCCAUCCGCAUCUUGGAGCAGGUUGCCAACCAAGGCCCCUACCGCGACAGCCAGGCAAAUAUUCAUGCGGUCGCGAUUCUGGCACGUCGAGCCGGUUGGGAUAGCGUUCUCGUGGCGGACAAUCUGACCAAGAGGCACUUGCAGGGAAAUCUCCGGGUCGGCGAUAGCCCACUGCUGUCCGUGGUCAUGGUUGCGAUCAGACCGGCUACAGCACAGGAAAAUGAAGUUCGCGUCAUCGCCAGACGAACGACCGGGUCCGCGCCAGACAAUGCAGAGCUGCUGCCCAUCCUUCGCACCUUCAAACCUGAAAAGCUGCCCCCAGGCAAGUGUGAUAUCUACAGGGACGGCGGAAUGAUACUUCAUGAUCCAGAUCGCAGCAUGCUUACCCCUGACACGACGGCUCGGCUUGGGCGAGAAGAGCUCCUGCGCUCGAUGAGCCAGAUGUUGGCGACUAAUAUACCCCUGCCCAUGGAGCUGGUGACCGAUAUCAUGACGCGUGCCACCAGUGGCCGCGAGACUCGCGCCACCUUGCCGUCGUGGAUGGACCAUAACAGCAAGCACUUAAAUAUCUUCAUCGGAUUUCCGGCGACGACAGAGGAGCUCAGCAACAUCCAGGCCACACUCGACAACGCUGCGAAGACAUACAUAGCAGAAAAAAUUAGUUUAAAAUGCCCCAAGAUACCCAUCACACUGAUCCCGUGGGAGCAUCACCGGGCGGCAUCGCGCCGGCAACUGCUGGAUCUAUGGGAGGAAUAUCAAUCUCAUCUGCGAGAAGACAUAUGGGCCUAUGAGAUCUACGUUCUACUGAAACCCAUCGAACGGGCUACAAACAUUCAGCUUGGCACGAUCUCUUACAACAUGCGGGAACCCGCCUAUCUAUCGCUUCAGACCCUGGAUCGGAUCAUUCGGGCGACCGGCUUCUGUGACUCUUUCCGAUUUUCCAACGGUUCAGAAGUCUCAUACAGGCCAAGGGAAUAUGAGCUCCAACAUCACGAAACCGACGACAACGAGCUAAUGUUCCCCCCCAGUCGACCCUUCUAUCAUGACCCCGUGCGAUGGCGCCCCACACAGCGCGGUCUGAACUGUGUGCCCAUGUUCUAUCUCACGAGAAACAUCACUCCGGAACAAGACGAAGCGAUCAAAGCCGAGAUCCGCACUCUGGGUGAAGUCGAUCAGCCUGAAUCGGGUGAUAAGUUAUCUAUAUUUGUGCCCUGGGAGGGUGAUGAGCCUGAUGGGACCCUUGACGAUGUUUGGAAGAUCUUCUGGGAGGUUAACCGUCACAACAGACGGACCGGGUCUCGUUUUCCUAUCUUCUUCAUUGAUCAUCUGACAUUGGUCGAUAAUACCGUCCUGCUCGUCGAGCCCGAUUAUGUUUUCUACGGAUAUUCCAACCCCGUGGCGUUAGAGAUGCUGGAAGAUGUUACUUUUCCUGAGAUCCGGGGGUUCCAGUAUAUGAGACUGCCGGGUCGGGGGGCGCACUUCGCCUCUGCGAGAUUAAGUCUUGCUAAUAUGAAUCAUUACGAGUCUGGGGAAAUCUAUCUGUACCCCAGACCCGACUGGCCUGGGCAUGGGGUAUUAGAGAGUGAUGAUGAUGACUGCUGAUGGUGCAGUUGGUAUCUUCUGCAACGUAUUUUUUUUGGAAUGUUCUAC